GAUUCUCCAAUUAAUUUAAAUUUAUUUAUAGCAUUGCGACGGAGGAGACGAGCCGAGGGGAGACGAGGGUUUUAGGGUUUCUUGAACUGAAGCAGCAGAACAGCCGCCCGACCCUAAAGCGGCCGGAGACGAAGUCGUCGACAAGGUUAAGGACAUGGCUCCGAAGCAGCCGAAUACUGGAUUAUUUGUGGGGCUGAACAAAGGCCAUAUUGUGACCAAGAAGGAAGCGGCACCUCGUCCUAGGGACCGUAAAGGGAAGACAAGCAAGAGGGUCCAUUUCAUCAGGAGUUUGAUAAGGGAAGUUGCUGGGUUUGCCCCAUAUGAGAAGAGGAUCACUGAGCUUCUGAAGGUUGGGAAGGACAAGCGUGCCCUGAAGGUAGCUAAGAGAAAGUUGGGUACACACAAGAGAGCCAAGAAGAAGAGAGAGGAGAUGUCUUCUGUUCUCCGCAAGAUGAGGUCUGCUGGAGGUGCAGAGAAGAAGAAGUGAGCAGAGUGUUGUUCAAUGAGAAGCUGGGUAGUGAGGAACAAGAAUUUUAUUAUGUUAUUAUGUUGUGUUUGACACUGACUCGGAAAUACUUUCUUAACUAUUGAUAUGUACUGUUGAUUUUGUGGGAAGCAACAUCACCCGUCAUUACAGAGUCUUGGCAAUUCAGUUUCCUUUAAUCA